CAGAACGUUUUGGAUGUAAACACACCGGGAAGAAAGUAAACACCGCGUAGGCACGGACCAAACCGUACAACAUGGGAUCAUCCAAGAAAAGCAAAGAUAAAGAUCGGGAGAGGAAUAGGGAAGAACGAAAGGAGAAGAAGAAGAAGCACCGAGAAAGAUCGGGAUCGAGGGAGAGAGAAAGAGACAGGGAAGGAAGACAUCACCAUAGGCAUCAUCACAAACAUAAGAAGCAGCGCAAUAAGAGACGUGAAGACCGUUCACGAUCAAGGACACCAAGUCUUAGUGAUGAAAGUCUCUCAGAUGUUGAGCAGCUGUUGAACCUCAAGGAUGAAGGUACAGCAUUCCAUUCUCAGAGAGGUUCACCUCCUCCAAAGCCUCCCAAGUCAGUCCCCGCUCCACCACCACCUCAGCUGCCAAGUGGAGGAGGAGGUGGAGGGGGUGGAAGCGGAGACAUUUGCCUUUCCAUUGAGGAGACAAACAAGAUUCGUGCCAAACUGGGAUUGAAGCCAUUGAAGGUUGAGAACGCUGUUCCAAGGACAGAAGGAGAUGAAGAGGAGGGCAAGGGUGAUGACACGGAGGAGCAGAAGGCAGGCACGAGCACACUGGAUGAGUUUGUACAUAAACCUGCAGAGAACCUAGCUCAGAAGUUACAGGUAGAGAAAUUGAGAGAAAAGAUAGCACUACAGAGAGAAAAACGUCGCAUCAAAGAAAAGCUGAGGAAAGUGAAGACCCUUGCAGAAUCUGAAAGUGAUGAUGAGUCUGCCAGUGCUUGGGUUAAGAAGUCAAGAAUAAUCCAAAAGGAAAAAGCUGCAGCAGAGAAAAGGAGCAAGAUGCUGGAGGAAUUGGAUGCACAGUUUGGCAUCGGAGAUUUGGUUGAAAAGGAGAUGACUGAGCAGAAAACUAAGAAGUACAAUCGUCGUGACCUGUCAGGGAUGCUUAUUGAGCACGAGAUGAAAAGGUUUGAGGAAGGUCGAACAACUAUUUUAACCCUCAAAGACAGCAAUAUCUUGGAUGAUAAAGAAGAUACCCUUGUAAAUGUUAAUAUAGUUGAUGAUGAGCAUGUGGAGAAGAAUCUCAAGCGAAAAUUGAAGAAGACCGAUGACAAAGAAUAUGAGGCCCCAGAAGUAGACGAAUUUGGGAACAUUGUCCAUAAUUCUCUACUCACAAAAUAUGAUGAAGAGAUUGAAGGCGAGAAGAAAACAAGCUUCAGAUUGGGUACUGGUGGGGAGUCUUUUGUUCCUGAUAUUGAAGAGAGCCAAAGUGGCAUGCCUCCUGGCAUGAGAAAGAUGGCCAAGUUAAGGCAGCUACAGUCCCUAGAUUUGCCCCAGACACAGCUAGCCUCCGAGUACUUCACAGAGAAGGAAAUGGUGAGUUUCCGCAAGGUUAAGAAGACCAAGAAAAAGAAGAAAAAGAAGUUGACUGCAGAUGACUUGGAGCCUCUAGAGGAGGACUCACUGGUGCACCUUGGAUCCAGAACUGCCAGAAGUGCCAGGAUUGAGGCCAUACAGGUAGAUAAGGAGGAUGAGGAUGAGGAUGGAGUGCCCCUAGAAGAAACCAAACCCACUGGCUGGAAAACAGUGACGCUCCAGGAUCUACUUGAGGAAGAAGAACAGCUGCUGUCUGUAAAGGAUGAGGCAAUGGAAGUGGAAGAUGGUCAGGAGAGCGAGCAAGAUGACAUAGAACUCCAAGAGGCUUUGGCCAGGUCUCGCAGGGCUAAGCUUGCACAGGCAGCUCAGCCGAGCAGUGAGAGAAUCACAGAGCAGUUGAAAAAGGAAACGGUUGUAGAACAGGUAGAACCAGAGGAUGACGCAAUGAAUGUAGAUGCUGCAAAUCUCGUCAUGACUCUCAACACCACUGAUGAAUUUUGCCGCACACUAGGCGACAUACCUACUUAUGGUCUGUCAGGAAAUCGUGCAGAAGAAGACCAAAGUAUGUUGCAACUCCAGCAACCAAAAGAGAAGGAAGCCCAGGAACCACGAGGAGCUUGGGAGGAAGUAGGAAUUGACGACACUCGUGUGGAAAUCACAGACAACAUGACGGCCCCAAUCUUAGAGGAGGAGCCUGAUGCCAGCAAGGGUGUUGCCAAUGCCUUGAAGUUAGCUCUCAAGAAGGGUUACUUGGAGAAAACCAAUAUAUCCAAGUCUGCUAAUGCUGCUUUGCAACAUCUCAGAGCAGUUCACUACAGCAUUGAAGACAAAGCAGUGGAUGAUGAUCGAAGGGGGAAUCGAGGUGAGCGAUACAUUGGACCGGUCACUGAGUUCAAGGAGAAGGAUAAGUACAAGCCAGAUGUAAAGUUGGAGUACGUGGAUGAUGAGGGACGCAAACUCAAUGCCAAAGAAGCUUUCAGGUAUUUGUCCCAUAAAUUCCACGGGAAGGGGUCAGGAAAGAAUAAAACUGAGAAACGAAUGAAGAAGUGGAAUGAAGAGUUACUGAUGAAACACAUGAGUUCCUCAGACACGCCACUGCAGACACUGGAGCGCCAGCGAGAAAAGCAGAAACAGCUAGGAGCUGCAUAUCUUGUUUUGUCUGGGAGCAAGACACAGGAGUCCAUGGAUGUCAAGAAGUGAUAGGAAUUGGGUUUUAGGGAUGCAUAUAUAUUUCUUUCCUUUGUUCAAACCUUUCCUUGCCUUCUACUCAUUUUUUCUUAUUAGUUCAUGGCUUUUAUAUAUAUAUAUAUAUAUAUAUAUAUAUAUAUAUAUAUAUAUAUAUAUAUAUAUAUAUAUAAAUAAAACCCCUUGGUGACGGGUUUAGAAAACUUAAAGAAAAACUCUACGUUCUGGCAAACAACGGCAACACGCCAACUUUGAGCGUGUGAGUUCGGUACAUCAAGCUGAAUCACUGCCUUGGAGCGCUUUGGCGCGCCGCCGCACGCCACAUUUCGAGCGGUUUGUUUUUAAGCCUAUAGGCAUGACCCGUCGGGAAGGGGAUAUAUAUAUAUAUAUAUAUAAAAUUUACCUCUUGUCAUAUUGUCUUAUGUGGAUGAAACUUCAGUUUCAAUUUUUCAUCACGUAUAGAACUUAAAAAAAAAAAAGAUGAAUUGGAAACUGUAAAUAUUUUUGGCAACAAAAAUAAUUGUUAGAAAGUCAUGUGAUUUUACCUAGACAGAGUCUAAUUUCAGACUACUAUGUAUUUUUGAACAAGGCAAAAAAAAAACAUUAAUGAUGAAAAAAUUAGGCAUACUGGGGGGAUAUACUUAUUAGCCAAAUAUAAGGUUUAAGUAUGUUGAACCUUCAUUUUUGAGGGGAGGUUUGUGUUAUUUGUAUUUAUGAUUUUAGGUUCCAUGUUCAAGAAAAAUUGACUAAUAUAAAGAAAAAACAAUUCAAAUGAUCUUCAUAUCC